UCUGCCGCCUUGCGGCGCCUAGCGGUAGACAUGGUAUUCUACAACUGAACUCCGCAGUCACUUUUGUCAAAUGAAACGCCUGGUCUUCUUUGUCCAUAUAUAUGUAGAUCAAGCAUCGUCAUACAUUCUCAACAUUAGCAAGAAUACAUAUUUUAAUAACUUGUUAAAGAACAAUGAGUCACUGCUGCCGAUUAUUUCUAAAAUUACAUUCGGCUGUGUUUGCUAUCUUGAACACACCCCACUGAGUACCCUGAUAUUGUUCAAGGGGAAUGAUGGCUGCACAGGAAUCGUCUCCACCAUCUUCCCUGGAAGGCAACAAACCGGGCUUUCCAAGGAACAUCCUGUCUAACGGUCUCGAAGACAAACAUUUGUGCAAUUCGUGCCAGAAAAUCCUGAGAAGGCCUUUGCAAGCUCAGUGCGGUCACCGCUUUUGUUCGUUCUGUUUCAACAAAAUUGUGAGCUCUGGACCACAGAAAUGCAGUGCUUGCAUCAAAGAAGACUUGUUUGAAGAACCCACCUCCAUUCUCAAGCAAGGUGGUGCUUUCCCUGACAAUGCAGCUCGGAGAGAAGUGGAGGCCUUGGCAGCUGUCUGUUCCAAUGAAGGAUGCACGUGGACGGGAACUAUCAAAGAAUUUGAGGUCAGCCAUGAGGGCAACUGUGACUUCAUGAUAAUCCUCUGUCCAUCCUGUAAAGAGCUGAUGAGAGCCAAUGAACAGGAGCGCCACAAUGAGAGAGAAUGUCCAGAGAGGACACUCAACUGCAAAUACUGCAAAGAACCCUUCCUGUUAAAGAACAUCAAGGCUCAUGAUGAAAUCUGUCCAAAGUACCCAAUGAUUUGUGAAGGUUGUGCAAAGAAAAAGAUCCCCAGAGAAAAGUAUGUGGACCAUAUUAAGUUCUGCAGUAAAUUUAAAGCACAGUGCAGAUUUCAUGUUGUUGGCUGCAGUACGUCUGUAGAGAAGGAGAAGAUCCAUGACCAUGAGCAGCAAUGUUCCUAUGAACACCUCAACCUUCUCCUGCAUUUCAUCAUGGGCAUCAAGGUCAGCUUGGAGAGCCUGCAGCCCCAGAGCCUUGAGGUGGCCAGCCACAAGCUACAUGAGCUUCACCAGUCCCUCAGGGAUCUGGAAUUGAAGAUGAGCCAAGUGGGUGAGGGUGGGGCAGCUCCCGUGCAGGGUGCAUGCGCCCCAACCCAGGCCACCUCCUUCACCCAGAUGCCCAGCGCCAUAGGAGCUGCCCUGGAGCUGCAGCUCCAGAGCGAAAAGGCCAGGGUGUCUGAGCUGAGCCGGCGCUGCCAGGAGCUUGAGCUAAAAGUGAGCACAUUCGAGAACAUUGUGUGUGUCCUCAACAGAGAGAUGGAACGCUCCUGCACCACCAUGGAGGCCUACAACCGCCAACACCGACUGGACCAGGACAAGAUCGAGAUCCUCAACAACAAGGUUCGUCAGCUGGAGAGGACGGUGAGUUUGAGGGACCUGUCUAUUGUAGAGAUGGAUGGGAAAAUGAGGGAGAUGUCUGCAGCCACAUACGAUGGCAUCUUUGUCUGGAAGAUCUCAGAUUUCACCAAGAAGAGGCAGGAUGCCGUGGCUGGCCGUGCCCCUGCUAUGUUCUCUCCUGCAUUUUAUACAAGUAAAUAUGGCUACAAGAUGUGCCUGCGGAUCUACCUAAAUGGUGAUGGGACGGGCCGUGGCACCCACUUGUCUCUGUUUUUUGUGGUGAUGAGAGGACACAGUGACGCACUCCUCAAGUGGCCUUUUAAUCAGAAGCUCUCAGCUCAAGGGAUUUACUGGACAAAUUCAAAAACUUUUGGUAAGUAUGACUCAUUUACACACCAACAUAUGUAAACAUGGGGCCGUAGGUUUAAAAAUACUUGAAUUCCCCUUUAACUAGUAGUAUAGUUAUUUUGAGUCUCCGAAAAUAAUCAAAGCUGCAAUAAUAUUUUUGGACACUUUCAUCCAUUUUUUAUACCCACUUUGUCCGUCAGGGUCACCAGGGGGCUGGAGUCUAUCCCAGCUGACAACAGGUGAGAGGCAGGGUACCUCCUGGACUGGUCACCAGUCAAUCGCAGGGCCAACACACAAAGACAGACAAUCACACAUGCUCACACACUCACACCUAGGGACAACAAGCUAAAGAAACCACAUGUGACUUAAUAUAACCUUGUAAACAUGAUUUGGCUUAUUAGACAAAGAAGCAUUAGUGUUCAGUACUGACUCUGGCAACCUAAUUGUAAUUGGAAUAUUCCCUGCCUUUAGCUCUGUUUUUUUCUCCACCAACUCCUCAGAAAAAAUAAUAUCUGGCUCUUAGCUUUCUUUAUUUGUCUGCAGAUAAGGCACAGAGAUUUUAUUUAGAGUGUAAAAAAACAUGUUGCAUAAAGCUGAGGGGAAUCCACAGAAUUUAUUGUGUUUUCAAAGUUUGAAAAUUCCCACCAAUAUAUCCAGGUUUUUUUUAAAUUCUAAACUGAAAAUAAUGAGCCUGAGACCAGUGACACCGCACUGUAGCUAUGUAGGUUAAACAGCCUACAAACACAUAGGUCCAGCAGGUAUAGGCACUUCUGCGUGUACUGCUUAACAUUUGGUCAACUAAUAUUUUUUUUCCUCUGCCUUUCAGAGUAUCGCUCAGUUUUGCAUAGUUUGUAGUGCAGUUAGGCUUAACAUUUGUUUACUCUUUCUAUACAUCUACAGUUGCUUACAAAAGUAUUCAUACCCCUGGAACUUUUCCACAUUUUCUCACAUUACAACCACAAACAUAAAUAAAUUUUAUUGGCAUUUUAGGUGAAAGACCAACACAAAGCGGAAUACACAAUUGUGAAGUAGAAGGAAAAUUAUGCAUGAUUUCCAAUUUUUUUUUUACAAAUGAAAAACUGAAAAUGAUGGAUUGAACAACGCUCUGUGACAUGUUCAAAGCUUGGGAAAUCUUUUUAUAACCUAACCCUGCUUUAAACUUCUCCACAACUUUAUCUCUGACCUGUCUGGUGUGAUUCUUGGACUUCAUGAUGCUGUUUGCUCCACAACAUUCUCUUAACAAACUUCUGUGGCCUUCACAGAAUAGCUGUAUUUAUACUGAGAUUAGAUUACUCCAAGGUGGACCCUAUUUAAUCAUUAGGUCAACAGGUGAUCAUUCAGCAAUCUUUGGGCAACUUCUGAUGGCAAGGGUUAGGGUUAGUUGUGGUCGUGACGUGACAAAAUGUGGAAAAGUUCCAGGGGUAUGAAUACUUUUGCAAGCCGCUGUAUACCUCCAACUGUCAAGUUCGCUGUUCAAUGGUGAUCACUUGUGGUGGUUGACAUUGCUUGAAUUCCAUGAAUUCUGAGUGCAGUAUCUCGGUUGUAAAUGUUGCCAUGCGUGUUCAUUUCUUCGCUGUUCAUUUCGUGUGUUAGUUUGCAUGUUGGAUCUGUGGAAGAUGCAUUGUAGCCUUCAACAGUUUUUGGGCUGUUUGUCCAGGAAAGCGAUGAUAGCGAUAGUCAAGUUGAUUUUCUCAAAUGGAAAUAUGACAUAUUUUACUAAAAACAACAUAUUUACAUACAACUUCUGAUCCAAUAAAUAUCUUUUGAUAUUAAACUUUGGCUUUUUUUUAUUUUUGUCCAUAUAUUUAAAAUUUCUUUGACCAUUUUGUAUUUACCUAUGAGAGGUAUAUCAAAAAUAUGUCCACUGCAGUGUCUUCACAAAGUAUUAAUUUCAUUUUUUCUCUACAUUUUGUGGUGUUGGUGAAAUUAAUUUUUUGAAACUUAAUGUAUUUGUAAUGAUCAAAGGGCAAAUAUUUUUGUGUCCCAAUAGUAAGAGUGUGGGACUAUACAGAUGAUAAAGUGCAUGGGUUUCUUGAUAAUCAAGUUCUCUACUAGUAUUUCCCUGUCAAAUUUUUCAUUGCCGGAAGCUGGAAAUCUGAUUAAGAAACUAAAGUGAUUGACUUAGCUGCUGCAGGUUAAUGUUACUCUGUGUUAGUGGUCUCAACAUUGUGCAGGUUAUGACUUGUGAAUGCGAUUCUGUCAUCAAUUCUGUAGCAGACCUGCUAUGGAAGUAUAUGUAAGAAAAUAAAGAGAAUCUGAAAAUACCUCAUCAGCAAAGUGUGAUUUCAGCCACAAGAAAUUAAUGCUUUAUAUGAAAAGAUAGAGGAGGACAUUGAUUACUGAAACUGGCAGCUCAAUUGAACAAAUCAAUUGUUGAUUUAGUUUUUGUGUUUCUUCUAAUUUUAACGUUACUGCUCAUCUCAUCUCAUCACAUCAAUUGUCACUUAACAAAGAGCAAACUAAAUAAAGUUUUUUUUAAAAUGCUCUUACUCUUAUGCAAGUGGGUAGGGUGAUCCUUUUGGGAAACGAGGCCCUGGUCCAUUCAUCAUAUAUCUAUGAGAUUGCUGUCUCUGUAGAGCCUCUGGUGGUCACUGCUUGACAUCUACGUUAGAAUGAUCAGUGAUUUUUAUCCAGCUAGUGAAGAUGCAGAGAUUCGGUGUUUUGCUAACCUGGAGUCCAUACAUAGGUGCCAGAGAUAGAAUGAAUGUGCCGGGCAAAAGGCCUCCAACAUCAGAACCUUGCAGCAAGAGGCAUUUGCUGCCACUGCCAGUUUUCAUAGGUUACUCCUGGUGCUCGCUGCAGAGCUAGAUGGAUGGUCCAGUUCCGCCUCUCUUGAUCUAAUAGUUAGAUUAGGGUUAUGUUUAGAGCUGGAGCUGAAGCUAAGCCACACUCUGCAGUGAUGAGCCUCUUAAUUCAUCAGGUAUGUUGUUAUAAUAUGCAAUCAUAUCUGUCAGGCAGAUACUCAUUGCAUGAAUUGUAGAAGUUUCUCUUACUGUAAUUACAGCUUUAAAUUUGGAGACAUAUCAAAAGACAAUAUGGGGUGUAUCCAUUAUACAAAACAAGUUGCUUCAUCAUCAUAGUGCAUGACAAGUUUACAUGAUUUAACAUUACUAAUUGCAGAAAUGACCAGGGUUGUUGUACACUUUGUGAAGACAUUGCUGGAUAUUUAAAGCUUGGACACGCAGACCUGAGGUAUUAAAAGAGGAAAUGGUUGAUGUUAUUGUAAUAUUUUCCUGUUUUCGGCUUUCCUUACAGCUUUGAACUGACUUACUUUCUACAGAAAAAGUGCCUGUACCUUUUCAUUAUGUGUAAUGAGCCCACUGAGAUGUGGGUGUGCUUUCCUGUGAGUUUCAGCCUAUGAAAAUGUGAAAUGUGAUUUUGUGCAGUGUAUUUUUAAUUUGUGUCUUAAAUUAUUUAUUGUUGUCCCUUA